GGUGGAGAGGAGGUUUCCGGCACUCACUGGCUUCAUCUUGUGUAUCACUUGAGUCUUGUCGAAAGUUUCCUCUGCUUCAUCCAAUAACACCAUCACCGUCCUCUUCCCUAAAACUUAAUUAGUACCAACAUUUUUACAUUCAGCCCCAGCCUCUCCGAAGCAGGAUGGUGACAGGGACAGCAGGAUAGUAGCCAAGUCAUGGAUACCCAGGCCACAAUGACACACGAGAUGCUCGCUACUUCCCGGCAGACCGUCAAGAUGGCCGCUCUGCGUGUCGUCGACCUGCCCCUCUCUGUCUAUAACUCCCUGACACAGGUGAGCCUCAGCACGGGCACCAAGAAGCUGGUGGCAGCCACAGUCUUCAGUGCUGUCUCCCUCCUCUUCCUCGCGCGCCGCUUCCAGCGGAGGAAGGGCAGGAGAAAGGCCCGUUCGCCCUCAUGGGAGCAGACCGGCUUCGAGUUUCCCUCCCCCGCCUCGGCCGAAAAGGUUACGGCUAGAGAAAAGAACCUCACCUCCCUCAACUCAGACAACGGCUACUCUUGUGGUCCGCUACUCAACAAAGGCCUGUACCGCAAGCUGUCUGGAUCUCUGCAGAGCCUGGGCUCGGUCAAGAGCAUCAGCUCAUCCAGUAGCUGCACCUGCGCUAAUGAGUCAACGUGCUGGGACAGACUGGGAGAUGACGACAUCUGCAACGUGGUCAACAUACCCGUCACCACCCCGGAAAACCUGUACCUCAUGGGUAUGGAGCUGUUCGAGGAGGCUUUGAGGCGAUGGGAGCAGGCUCUGACUUUUAGGAGCAGGCAGUCGGAGGAGGAGAUGAGCUGUGUAUCAGUGAAACUGGGAGCUGGAGAUGCCAUUGCUGAGGAGCACAUGGAGGAAAUCAUCGGCACAGAGUUCACACAAAAACUGGAGUCUCUGCUGCGGAGGGCCUACCGCCUCCAGGAGGAGUUUGAGGGAGUGCUUGGCAUAUCUGAGACCUGUUCAGAUGGGAACAGCCAUCAUAAAAUGGCAGACAUGUCAGCCAAAGACGACCCAGAGGACUCGUAUCUGAGAGACAGCACAAGCAUCGCCUCCACUGACUCCUUCGUCUCUGCUGCUGAGCUGUCUGAUCAAAGAGAGAUCAGGAGUGCUCACAUCCAUGGCUCCAACAGCCACCACCCCUUCUAUGAGGAGGCCCUGCAAAUGGCAGAGGAUGGCAAGAUCUCCUGUAGGGUGCUACGAACGGAGAUGCUGGAGUGUCUUGGAGACACUGACUUCCUCGCCAAGCUUCACUGCGUGCGACAAGCAUGUCAGCUCAUUCUGUGCGAGAGGGCAACCAGGAUGUUUCUGGCUGACACAGGAAAGAAAGUCCUGUCUGCCAUUAUUGUUCAAGCACAAAAGAGCCCAAAGAGAUUUGAAGAAGUGUUUGAGGAAAUGAUUUCCUUCCUGGAGCAAACAGAGCACUGGGAAAACACAGAGCUGGAGCUGGCUACACGUGGAGUCAAGCACCUAAACUUCUACGACAUAGUGCUGGACUUCAUCCUGAUGGACUCGUUCGAGGACCUGGAGAACCCGCCCGUCUCCAUCCAGAAUGUGGUCAAUAACCGCUGGCUCAACAGCUCUUUCAAGGAGACUGCAGUUGCGUCUAGCUGUUGGUCCGUGUUGAAGCAGAAGAGGCAGCACAUGAAGGUGUCUGACGGUUUCAUCGCCCACUUCUAUGCUGUGUGUGAGCAAAUCAGCCCUGUCCUGGCUUGGGGCUUCCUGGGGCCAAAGAACUCCCUGCAUGACUUCUGCCGCUUCUUCAAGGACCAAGUGCUGGACUUCCUGAGAGACAUAUUUAACCCGGAGAAGGUUCGCUACUCCACUGUGGAGAGCCUGGCAGAGGACAUGCUCCACCUGCUCCAACGGCGCUCCGAGCUGCUGUUAUCUUACCUGGGAACCGACUCCCUGCACCACCUCAGUGGUUGUGUCUCCCCAGAAGUGCACCUGGUGCCCAAUGCACUCCUGGAGGCGAGGGUUCAAUGAGGCGGGGGGUGUACAGGGUUUGAGGCAUUGAACCAGACUGGGUCAGAAAGUAUUUUCAAAUGGUUCCGAUUAAAUGUGCAGGGCUUCCCAACGCCACACAAAUGAGCGUCAGAACGGCAGGCUUUCAACAGAAGAUUAUAUUCGCUGUUGAAAAGAACUUAAUAUGGUUGUCUCCACAGCCAUCCUGUCAUCUUUAGUAGCCAUUCGGGUGAGGCUUCAAGCCAAAAUAGUUUAAACCAAACGUAACCAUUUGCACAGUACUAUUUGACCUCAGUCCAAAGUCAACCUUCAUUACACUCAGUAAAGCUUCCAUCCAGCAGAUGUCCUCCAAAGUUUUUCAAUGCUUUUGCAUGCCUCUCUAUUUGUAUCAGAGGGGCUCGGUUGACCUCAGCUGUUCUCAAUCUUCCUUUCACAGCACACUUUUACUAAAAGGAUGCUACCUCCUCCUCCCAAAUUGUUCUCAUGGUGCCAUGGCAUGCUUGUACAUGGCAAAAUUUUAAUUUAAUCUUUGACACGAGUAUAUGCUGGAUUUGCUUUACAGAGGCCCACUUUCAGUGACAUUGAGAGCAAUUGUGUGGGGCAAAAACCGUUCUGUGUUUUACUGUACUGCUUGGCUUCAAACGCAUUAUGAAAUGUGGACUAUUUUGCCAGUGUUGUGGACAUGUGUCCUGCAAAGAUUUAAACCUCAUAAGAAAUGGACCAUUUCCAGUGGCUGGGGGGAGGGGGGUCAAUUUGUCUGUAUUGCUUGUUCCUUUUCCUAUUUUGGGAAACCAACUCAAAUCAGAAAAGGGAAGUUUAGUUGUAUUAUGUGAUCUGGGUCACUGAAUAAAUAAGUCAAUGGCUCAGGUGUUGCUCUAGUCAGUGACUUAAAGGGAAAGCUCAGGAUUUUCAUAGAAAUUCUAUUUUGAUCAACCCCUCUUUCCCCAUUGUUAAGUUUUUAUCCUGUAGAAGUGGCCACAAGUGUCUAGCGAGCAACGCUGGUACAAGAUAAUGGGGUGUCAAACCAUCAUGGCAAUUGCUUAAAUGCCAAAAUUGGCUUCUGAAAAUCCUUAAGCAUCCCUUCAAAUCAACUUGGAUAGCAGAGGCUGGAACAAUUUACCCAAGGGUUGGCCUUACUGGCCUCUGAUUAUUUGCAAUGUCGUACACCUACACUUUGAUAGAGCUGCUUACAUGCCUUGUGAGGUCGUCCACACUAGAGUGCGUCACACCUUCAUGCAAUAAUGCACGACGUUGUAGACAAGAUUCUAUAGCUUUGUACUUGAAUAUUCCGAUAACACUGAAUGGCACUAUUGUAAAUAUAUGAUCCCAAACACCAUGUAUUUUUCAUGAAGGAUAAAGCCUUACCAUCAAAGGUAUAUAAAACCAACCCUUGUCUUCAGUCGAAUGUCAGUGUAAUUGGAUAUAAACGCCUAGUAUCUCAUUUCCUGUAUAACCACAAGAAUAGGCUUUGGUUAGCCUCUACUUAUCCCGUUUGUCACUGCCAUAAACAUGUAUAAUAAGCUUUCAGCAAUAAAUGGUAUUUCAUGAUA